AGUCACUAGUGCAUCACUUCCAUUGCCAACGCUGUAGGAGUACGCACAGGCGGGACAGUCAUCUUGGCGACAGUCGUCAGGCUGGACGAGAAGGAGCUGCUUUCCUAGAGAUUACAGAAUCAACAUGAGGCCUGUAUUGUUAACACUGAUGGUUGUGGCCUCUGUGUCAAAGGUCACCCUGGCUGUGACUCAGGAGGACUCCACCACCCCACGUGCUGGGGACAUGUGUGAGAAGACUGUCAGCGAGCUGGUUCCUAAAGUUGUCCGUGAAACCAUUUCCGUACUCAGAAGGAGCAGGAAGAAGUGUGGGUUUUUGUGGCUAAAGACAUGUUCCUCUUACAGCAUUGACUUCCAAACUGUUACCAAAAAAAAGUUUGUUGUAAAGUCGUAUACAAAGAUAGUAUGUUGCAACGGGACCGACGUUAGUGGUAACUGCACUACAGCAGACAAGACAGUCUGUAGCACCCCAGGGCGGUAUGGUCCCGCAUGUGGCCUGGUUUGUAACUGUGACCGGAACCACACGUUACCUGCUGUCUGUGACAAAGUGACGGGGUACUGUUUCUGUAUUGAGGGGUUCGGCGGUGAGGCAUGUAGCCAAGAUUUGAACCAAACUGACGUCCCUGAGUUCGAUGCGGUUGUGAACGUUACGGAACCCCUGCCGCCUAACGUUAGCACAUCUCAGGUUGCUGGAGGUGGGGACAUCGUCAAUCGGGCCAUCAUCGCUGUCAUUGUCAUCGUCGUUAUCUUCAUCGUUGUAGUAAUUGUCUUCUGUUGCUGGAGACGUCGGGUCAGGAGGAAGCCAUCAUCGGAUGGGUGCAGUGUUUCGGAUGAUUUUGUGGUAACUCUGAACCCGACCCAACAAACAGCCCAUUACGUCACCCCGGAAGAGGUUCGGAGACGGAAAAAAGAGCGCGAAGCUUUAAGAACGGAGGAGCCGGAGGAGCCGGAGGAGCAGGAGAAACCGUACGAUUACGUGGAGAUGCGUAGCGCAAGCGGAGCCAGGCCGACCUUGAGUGGGGCAUCCGACAACCAGGACGUGACAAGCACGACCUCCAGUUUGGCCCACAAGGCACUGGAACAGGAAGUAGACUCAGGGAGAAUAUCAUUGGCCUACGCUAACAUGCCAUCAUCUGGUACAAUGCGGCAGGAAUCAGACAGCUCACACUAUUACUUAGAGGAUGGGGGUCCGACGCUGGUAUCAUCUCCCACAUACAGUUUGAUGAGGCGCCAAGAGAGUGGAGAUUCGGCGUUUGAUGAUGACGGCUACUGCACCUCGCCGACUCACGCUGGCGAGGACAUCAACCUUCAUUACUCCAUGCCACGUUACAUGAAGGAGAAGGUAAAUCUGUCGAAUCUCGGUGCUUGGGAAGAAACCGCUACUGAGAAUAUCUACGAGAGUCCUGACGGAUUAGCUGGAUCCGUGAAACUAGAGGCAGAGAAGUCCAGCAGCCCCCCAGAGUACGCUAAUGUUAGUCAGACUUUACUGCCAAACGGACUGUAUUCUCAUCUACCUACAAAUCCGAGUUCAGAACCGGUUGAUGACGGCUACGAUCACAUUCCUCAGCCUGUGUCAGUUGUAUGACUUUGAGACCCGUGCUUUGUCAGUAGUAUCAUUACGAGACCUGCGCUUGAUCUCUUGAUGUUUCAAAUGGUCAGUUACCACGAUGGUGGUAAUAAAAUCGAUUGUGCCCGUAAAGGUAUGGUGGUAAAUAUAUUACCAAGAAUGAAAGUUCGUUUCUCGAAACGGCAACCAGGUAUCGCUACAGUGGCUUGCGUGCUCUCCACAUGAUCGCUGAAGCAAAGUCCAUGGAAUAUAUCCGUUUACUGGACAGAAUUUGUACGUUCUAUGAAUGUAUAAAAUGUCUAAGUUACUUAAUAACACAUCUGAACUUGUACAGUACAUAGGUUCAACUCUGGUAUGCAAGGUCGAUUUUUUUAUUUGGUGAUGGGGUGAGGGUGGGGAUGAUAUUCAUAAAGGUUUGACCGCGCUGAGAGAGACGGCUUCGUGAAAUCCAGAUUCAAAAUAAUGAUCUGUAUGUUUUUUGAUCAAAAACUAUUUCUCGUAUACAGCUGAUCGAAUUGUCCUCUGAGGACACGUAACAGAACUGAUGAUUGUACAUGUAUAUGGCAGGUGUGUUUUAGCUAGAUCCACUGUCCACGUUGGCUUUUUUAGAAGCUCAGUAUUAUUGCCGUUAUGAAUACUCAGUCGUGAUGCAAGGAACACUACAUUCUGUCUAGAUAGCUUCUCUCUGGUGCAUACAGUCAGUGUGCAAUGGGGUGCUAUAGGGCAUUUAGAAACAAGCACUGUAUAUAUCUACCCGUCCGCCUCCAAGUAAAUGCCCAAGUUUGGCCGCUCAAAUAACUGGGAAGAUAACAUAAAAUGUGUCUGUUGAAUCCUGAUCUACUUUGCAGCUGUGUGUGGAACUCCGUCCUAAAUGCGCAUGUUGUACAAUUUAAACAGGUUAUAAGGUUUCCUGAUUAGAUCUGAAAUCUGUUUCACUGUUAGCUUUUCGGACAUGUACUCUUCCAUUCGUUAACCUGGAACUUGCUUUUCUCGAGUGCUAAUGAGGAAACAAGCUGGGAACAUGACCAACGGAUCUCAGAGCUACCACUCGGCGUGUUAUAUUAAACUUGCCUUUGCUGGACGGAACUUCCGUGAAGACCAACCAUUGUAGCAUCUGUGUUUUUUGUGACCUGUGCAUGGAUUAAUCUUACAAGGAUUAAUAAUGACCCCAUAGGUGACCUUACGCUGGCUUUGCUGAAGAGACCUGUGUGUUUCAGUACGCCAUAUUUAUGAACCAAUGAAACAAAAGCAUGCAAAUGAUGACAGCUUUGAAGGCAAAGUAUUAUUGUCACGCAUUUGUGUAGUCUUUGAACAGUGGCGUACAUCUUCAAUUGGUAUUUCGGUCAAAACUGCUGCUAUUUACUUUUAUAAGUCUCGUUGUGUAGAGUAGUGCAGUUUGAAACCAGAUACAAAUUAAACACUGCAUUUAUAAAGUUAUAUUUUUAAAU